AAAUCCUCAAAAAAAAUACCGGGCCCGGGAAUGUCCAUUUUCAUUUCUUCGAGCUCCAAGUUAUAGCAGAAAUGACUACACCAUUGAUAGCAGGACUUACGAUUGCUGCUGCAGCUUAUGCCAGUAGAUAUGGUAUCCAGGCUUGGCAAGCAUUCAAGGCAAGACCACCUACAGCUAGAAUGCGCAAAUUUUAUGAAGGUGGUUUCCAGCCUCAAAUGACAAGGAGGGAAGCAGCUCUUAUUCUUGGAGUCAGGGAAAGUACUGCAGCUGAUAAGGUGAGGGAAGCACAUAGAAGGGUUAUGGUAGCAAACCAUCCAGAUGCAGGUGGUAGCCAUUACCUCGCUUCUAAAAUUAAUGAAGCAAAAGAUUUGCUCCUUGGAAAGACCAAGAGCAGUGGGUCUGCAUUUUGAUAUAUGCAUGAAAGUUUUGUCAAAGUUUUGGAAGGUGAGUUUUAAUAGAGAGAUAAGCCUUGUUGGAAUUAAUAUUAUCCAUUUGCCCUUGCCCGAUAACUGUCUGAUAACCAUCAUCAUUCGAUAUUAUUCUUCCCAAAUAUUUCGAGCAAUAAAAACCUUGAGAAUAUGAGGGUCUACAUUCACUCGUUUAUUUAAGGCCCAGUAGUUGUACACUACUUGGAAGCCAUAACUUGAUCUGUGUCUUUACAUUUUGACCUGACGACUUCUUGCAUUUGCUCAAAUCUGUAAUGGAGUAAUGUAAUCUUAAGAGACACUGUUCUUCUUGGUUAAUUGCCCAUGAAUGAAUUUGAUGUUGUAGUUUUAUU